AUGGUCAAGUUCAAGCUUGUCAAGGCAAAAAUGUCUGUAGAAAUAGGACCAGAGUUCCUUGAAAAUCCUAUGAAAGCUGUAUCAAAAUGCAUGGCAUCAAAACUAUUGAUAUACUCUCAUAAACUUGGCGGAAUCCCUCUAUCGUUUGCUAUCAAGGACAUUGAGCAUUCGGGCACCGUAAUUUGUGAAACCGGAAGCGUGGAGGUCACAGCAUCCUCAGAAUAUGUGGUUCUCACGUUGCCAGUUGGAGGGGUGAUGAGCUCUUUUGAAGGAAGAACACUUGGGAUCUUCAAUACAGAUGUUGAUGGAAGCAAGGAAUAUACAGGAGAUUUUAUAGUCAAAGGAAUAAAGCUAGAGGCAAGAUCCUUCUUCACAAUAGUAGGAACCCAUUCAUGA